AUGGAUCAAUCCAACAUCAAAGCGUUUGAUGUUCACUCAACUUCAGCUUCCUCGGAAUGGAUUCGAUGGAAGCGAGCUGUCGACCUAUAUAUUCUUUCGAAAGGAUACACAGACGAUAAACAGAAGCAAGCUACCCUGUUAUCACUAGGUGGUAUGGAUUUGCAAGAUAUUUAUUAUGCAAUACCUGGUAACGAAACGAAAUCCGACGAGGAAACUUGGUAUCAACAGACCAUAAGGCUUUUAGACGCAUACUUCAUUCCUAAAAGCAACGUUACUUACGAAAGGUAUGUGUUCAGUAAAAUAAUCCAACGUCCGGAUGAACUGACCGAACAGUUUAUUAAUCGUUUACGACGACAAGUGACGAAAUGUGAGUACUCUGACGAAGAUGCUCAACUCUGUCAACAAAUCGUCGCCGGAUGUUGUAACGGAGAAAUACGCAAAGAAUGUCUUGAAAAGAGAGUACUGUCAGUAGGCGCUAUUCAAGAAAUUGCUCAGAAAAUCGAAACCGUGUCGUCACAGUUGUCAGCGUUUGAGCCGAAAUCUACACCAGCGUCCAUACCUGGAGUAAACUCGAUAAAUAGAAUUGCGUCGUCGAAUUCUACACGAUCGAAUGAUUCGAAAAUCAGUUGUUAUGGUUGCGGUUCGUCCAAACAUCGUACGAAAGAUGAUUCUUGUCCAGCAGUGGGAAAAGAAUGCCAUUUCUGCCAUAAAAUUGGUCAUUUCGAUAGCGUCUGUCACGCAAAGAAGAAUCAGAAGGAGGAUAAACCUCAGAAUAAAUCGCGCCGCCGUGAUAGAAAGAAACCGCCAAGGUCGUCUGAUGAAAAAAGCGAAAAUUCGUCCGCCUCGGGGAAGAAAUCGGUAAAUCAAGUUAGUACGGUUAACUACGUGUUCCACGUUUCGAGUAAAGCUCGUGCCAAAGAACUUCCUUGCGCCGUCGGAGGAGUUCAGUUUGCGUUCACCGUAGAUUCUGGUGCUGAUGAAAACAUCAUAUCGAAAAGUGAUUGGUGUUCGUUGAAAAGUCGCAACGUUAAAGUCGUGUCUCAAGUGCGUAACAAUGAAAAUAAAAAGCUAUUUGCAUUCGGUGCUUCGGAGCCUCUCGCAAUAGUUGGCAAAUUCUCCGCAGAAAUUUGUGUUGGUAAUCGUUCGCUAGUGGCCGAAAUCGUAGUCGUCGACCAGGACAAUGUACCAGCGUUAUUGUCUCGAGAAACAGCGACUGAUCUUGGAGUGUUGGAGAUUCGCAUACCACAGUCCAACGUUAACGCCGUAACUUCGACGAUUUCACCGAAUCGCAAAGUUUUCCAAGGGAUUGGUUUACUGAAGGAUGUUGAAAUAGACAUUCCCAUCGACGAGUCCGUACCGCCGCAUCGACAGAAACCUAGACCCAUACCGCUCAAUCUACGAGAUCAAAUCGACGAGGAACUCGACAGUAUGCUGGAAAACGACAUCAUCGAGCCGGUAGAUACUCCGUCACCGUGGGUAUCGAAUAUGGUAAUUUCACACCAUAACGACAAAAUUCGUAUUUGUGUCGAUAUGCGUGAUGCAAACAAAGCGAUCAUCACUGAAGAUUAUCCGUUCACAACGAUGGAGGAUAUUCGCGCCGCUGUUAAGAGCGCAAAGUGUUUCGCCCGUCUCGAUUUACGCCGUGCAUUUUACCAGAUCUUACUCAAGAUUAAGUCCAGGGUGAUUACAACGUUCAUAACGCAUCGAGGUUUAUUCCGUUCAAAACGUCUCAUGUUUGGAAUAAAAUGCGCACCUGGUAUUUUCCAAAGUAUCCUGCGCAAACUUCUGAAGCUUCUUGGUUUCGCAAUCAAUUCAGCCGACGAUAUCUUCAUAUUCGCUAACUCAGAAGAAGAACUGUUCCGUUAUGUAAAUCAAGUGAUCGACUUGCUCGAGCAAAAGGGUCUCACGCUGAACUACGAUAAAUGCAUCUUCUACGCGACGAAAAUCGAGUAUGUUGGUUUCACCAUCGUUCCAGGUGGAAUUCAAGUUUCAGACGAAAAACGAGCCAAAAUCUUGGAAUGGUCCGCACCAACGUCCAAGGCCGAAGUUGAAAGCUUCCUGGGCUUCGUUAAUUUUGUACGUCGUUUCAUUCCGAAUUACAGCGCUAUCGCAGCACCGUUGUACGAUAUCACGCGCAAAAACGUUCAUUUCAAAUGGGAACAAGAACACGAAAGUGCGUUUCAAGCACUGAAAGCUCAGUUGACCACGGACCGCAUCCUGAAGAAUUUCAAUCCGCGAUACACAACACAGCUGUAUUGCGAUGCGGGUCCAAACGCGCUCGGUGCAGUCCUAGUUCAAAUAGGCGCCGAAGGUCCUGAGUACGUCGAUUUCGCUAGCAAGACGUUAACCGACGUAGAACGAAGGUACUCUCAGCUGGAGAAGGAAGCCCUUGCCCUUGUCUGGGGAGUAGAGCGUUUCCAUUAUUACUUAUACGGGCGCCACUUCCAGCUUAUCACAGACAACAAACCGAUCCAGCUGAUCUUAACGUCAAGCGAUCUAAACCAGAGCUUGAGAGUACAGCGAUGGCACCUUCGUUUGCAGGGAUAUGACUUCGAGUUGGUCCACAAAGCGGGGAAAAACAAUAUCGCCGACCCCCUUAGUCGACUAGUAUCCAGUACUGACCGUUCGCACGAUCACGUCGAGUCAUAUAUUCAUCUUGUCAUCAAUGCCAGCAUUCCGAAGCUGAUGACGCUGAAAGAAAUCGAACAAGCUUCCCUGAAUGAUCCCGAAUUCGUCGAACUACGUAACGCUAUCGAGUCUAACAAUUGGUCCAAAAUGCCAGCUGCCUAUACCGCUAUCAGCAGUGAACUCAGCGUAUACAACGACAUCAUUCUACGUGGAGACCGAAUCGUCGUACCUUCUCAGUUACACCAACGUGUUUUAGACCUUGCCCACGAAGGUCAUCCUGGUAUUGUCAGCCUGAAAGCGCGUCUUCGAACGAAGGUUUGGUGGCCAAACAUUUACGCUGAAGCCGAACACAAAGUAAAAACGUGUCCAGCCUGCCAAGCAGUUGCGAAAUUCGAGCCGCCCGAACCGAUACGUCGUCGUCUAUUGCCGGAACGUCCUUGGGAUCAAGUCGCUUUCGACUUCAUGGGACCAUUACCCUCAGGCGAUUACCUUUUCGUAGUAGUCGAUUUAUACAGCCGGUUCUACGAAAUCAAAAUCACGAAGACAUCUACGGCAAAAUUCAUCGUUGAAACCUUGCAUGAAAUUUUCGCUAGAUACGGUUACCCGUCCAUCAUCACGUGCGAUAAUGCUCCGCAACAUCACGCAAGCGAAGUUGAAAGUUUCUGCAACGAGUAUGGCAUUCGUAUGUUUUACUCAACACCGUUUUGGCCGCAGUCCAACGGAGCCGUAGAAAGACAAAACCGAAACAUCCUCAAGACCCUGAAAAUUGCUCAAAUCGAGGGGAAGGAUUGGAGAAACGAAAUCCAGAAAUUUCUACUCAUGAUGCGAAAUACUCCUAAUCACGCAACUGGAGUAGCUCCUGCCGAGUUGGUGUUUCGUUUCCGCCCACGUGACCAAAUUCCAUCGAUUCAAAACUAUCAAGCCGAUCCCGAGAUGGAAGAUAGAGAAAAUCUACGGAAAUACAAGGGUCAAAUAUACGCCAACGAUAGUCGUCACGCCACCCGGUUCGUACCAGGUCAACAGGUCUUAGUCCGAAACGAGCAGAAAACGAACAAGCUCACGCCAAGUUUCGACCCAGAGCCAGCGACAGUCGUAGCAACUCGAGGUACCGAGGUCGACAUCAGUAAAGGAGGUCGUACCUAUACUCGAAAUAGUUCUCAUCUCAAAGAAUUUCAGUCGAGCGUGACUCCUCAACCUGCCGCCGUUGAGAUCCCUGAAAUACGAAGUAACGAUCCGCCGCCGGAACCGUCGGGAUAUGUGAGCAGUCCAGCUGCACCAUCGAGCUCAACUGAACAUUCGAGUCCAAGAGUCCAGGACACUACAAUUGGUUGCCCGAAGCGCGAAAUUCGAAUCCCUUCGAAGUUCAACGAUUACGUCUUAAAUAAAUGA